UGACAGUUCCAUCCAAAGUCGACCGCAUGGUUUUCUCGUGUUUGCGCGUAGUUUGAAAUUCGGUCCCGAAAUUAUUGCAAAAUUUGAUGUAAAACAGUGUAAAAUUCAGGUUAAAGUGCGUUCAACUGUAGCAUGACCACCACGGCCAUGAAGCGGAAAUCGAUGUCCGGCGGGGAAUGUCCGUUCGGAGCGAAAAAAGUGAAAACCGAAAGUGCUCAGAACGGUGUGGCGGCGGAGCACCAUCAUGAUGGGGAAAAGAAGCCGAAGAAGCCCAUGGUGAAGAAGACAUUGCCGAAGCAAAACGGAAAGGAUGAAAAACAGAAAGUGGGCGGCGGGAAGAAGGCGAUUGAUAAGAAGCGUGAUGUUACGAAGGAGGCGGAUGAUGGACCAGCUGUGAAUCAUUUUGGCGGAGUGCCGGCGAAAGCCGCGGAAAACUUCCGGCAGCAGUUAACGAAGGGAUCGGUGGCUGUUGAUGCAAUUCGUCACUUCACACAUGCCAUCCAGGAGAACCCGUCGCUGGCGGUGGAUUUCAUUCGAGCGGGAGGAACAUUCAAGCCGCUGCUCAAAAUCCUGGACUCGAUGGAUAAGGACAAACUGGCCGAUAUAGGGAAGCUUCUGGAGUUGAUUCACUACAUUCUGCUCGAGAGCGUCAACUACGACGAGGUGCAUGCUGAUUAUGCAUCGAAAUGCGCCCGUAAGGUGUUCACCGACUACAAACCGGUGGUGAUGUCCUUGCUGAAGGGCCAACAGGACGAACAGCUGAUAAUGGCGGGGUUACGCAUACUGAAGGCGAUCUUAUUGGUGGAUCCAAGUCAUGGGAAGGAUAUCCUGCAGCUACUGGAUGUUUGCUUACCGGAGAUGGAGGUGGCCAAGUACCGGGAAACUUCGCCCUCCUCGGACAGCCGGGAGUCCUUGCGUGGAGUUUUCGUAGAUUUCAGUUUAGCGUUUUUAAUAGACACCAGUACGGAAUUGGUGCGGAUGUGGUUGAGUCGCUAUCAACUACUAAAUCCUCUAGUGAUCAAUUUGGUAUACGAUCGAGCGGAGAACGUUGUUUUGGUGAUGAAGACAUUUGAGCAGUAUAUUCUGAAUUCACGUGAGAUCGACAAGUACAUCUAUCGUACGACAUUCAGCACGGACAUUUUGAAGGCUUUGGUCAACGUGUACGAAUGGGUUGGACCGACCAAACAGGAAGUUGAUGUCCAAAUGAAGAAUACCGUGCUGAAUGCAGCGGAGAAAGUGAUUCUUCCGUUGCUUACUUCCAAAAAGUAUCAUCUGGUGCCAAAGAUGGUUGACCUAGGAAGGGCCAAUUCUCGUCACAAACACAUCCUGCUGGCGCUCAAAAAUUCCCAAUUACACAAGCAUCAGCAGAAACUGGUGUUGAAAAUGUUCGAAGCGUGCCCAGAAGUGCUUCCGGCGGUUGUGGAAAAUUUCGGUUCGCUGCUCAAAUCCAAAAGGCCUGAAUUUCGCGAAUUUCUUUUGGAGAUUCUCCGACAACUGGAUCCACAGGAGAUCACCAAGCAUUUCACAUCCGCCAACGCUAAGCAGGUAUCCAAUUUUGUUACUAAAUCGACCUUGCCAAGAACCGUGUUAGAGUUCGUAGCUACAUCGAUUAACAAGAAAUUUUAUACAGGAUUCUGUCUAGAAUUCCUGUCGGUAAUGUUGAGCCAGUGCGAGAAAUAUCUGCAGGAGAUUCCCAAGCUGAAAAAUCUGGAUCAGUUUGACCUCAAAAAAGUUAAGUUUGAUGUCAUUAACCAAAUCUUGGCGCUGUUCCCCACAAUCGAUGCCAUAAUGGCUGCAAUGAUGCAUCAUCGUUUGGAUAAGUCCGUUCCCAAGCCCUACAUAGCGAUGGAGUACGCCAUGGAUAUUCUGCUGGCCUGCAUAAGAACCUUCCCUUCGUACAUUGAGUCGUCUUCGUUCAUAACCACCUACAGAAACAUUCUGGAUCCGGUCUAUCGCCAUCGUGGCAUUGAACACGAAUAUCUUUCGUACGAGUUCAAGGCAAUCCAGGUCAUCAUCGCCCUGGAACCGCAAUCGAUCGCCUUCAAUUCGGAACUGUUCCCAUCCGUACUAAAGCUGCUCACCAAGGUCUACCUCAACGGAAGCCCGGAAAUGCAACGACAGGCCACAACCCAGCUGCUGGCGCUUUUCCGGAACACCACCCUAUUCGGGAACAACCCAACCGAAAUCGAGAUAUGGUUCCAAUCGCUACUUUACGUAGACCCCGGCCUCGUCCCCGAACUAGUAUCCUUCCUGGCCUUUUCCUGCCGCCAGGCAGCCGAACGACAAUCCCGCCCGACCGAGAAGAAUCACUCCCUCAUCGACGAAGCAUUCGAAAAGGUUCGCCAAUCGGAUCUGCAGGACAUUUUCGCACGGGUCGAGGUGGAAGCCUCCGCCGGACAGCUGGCCCAGGAAGAAACGGUCGAACUUCCGGUGGCGGAUAACCUGCUGAUUUACAUGUUCCAUCCAGGAGCAAAGAAACCUCCGCCGCCACAGUUCCACCCUUAUCUGCAGGCUGUGGCGUUGCGUUACUUCCACUUCCUACCGCAUCCGGAGAUUGUGGAAAAUUGUGCCAAAGCUGUCGAUGGCCAACUGAAGAAGUAUUUCCGGAAGUGGAUUGUGGAGGGCAAGCUGAAAUCGUUGGACACGUUCGGAGAGACGAGUGCGCUCGGUCGAUUGAGCCAUUUGCUGUUGCUGAAAAAGAAAAACUUGGAGGAAGUUUUACCAGAAGGCCCUCGGCACCGCUGUGAGCUGGUUUACCUGAUCCACGAAACCGUUUUCUACGCAACGCGAUUGAUCGAACUCGGACAAUUCGAUUCCAGCUACGCAACCGCGUGCGCAUUCUACCUCAACGGCUUCCUCGACCAACUGCUCACGGCAGAAGCGGAUCUCGCACCCGUGGACCAAAAGCUGGGUGGUGUCCUGGAAAACAUAUUCUGUCACAGGCCAGUUCUUUUCCAGCACUUUACGAUAGCCGCCAAGAGAAGCGAUACUACUACAGUUGUGACGAACUUCAUCUACGAUCUGAUGAAACGAUUACACCAGGCACCCAACUUUUCCCACUACACGGCGCUCUAUUCGAACAAAGUCGUCAACGAAAUCAUCCUGUCGUCGACACCGAAAGUCACGUUCGAUCUGGAUGCUGGUCUAGUAGAGAGACUGUUGGAGAUUUUCGAGUUGAAUGAAAAGCAUUGUGUUACGUUGUUGAAGCAUUAUUCCCAGCUGUCGCAUCGGAAGUUCAUCAACGACAAAAAUGAAAAAACUUAUCACUUUCGGCUGUUGACAGUUGGAUUGGACAAGUUAGCUGGAAAUCAGGAAUACUUUCUCGAUCAGCAGACGAUGUCCGGGAUAUCGAAGAUCUACGUGGAUUUCAUUCGAGAGAACGGGAAUGAGUUGAAUUUGGAAACGUUGGAAGCUGCUCUGCAGCAUUAUUUGGAGACCUUCGGUCAUAGUGUAGGUCAUCUGGAGGAGGAUCUGUUCCGAUGCUUUUUCGAGAGCAAACGGAUUGGGAAGCCAAUGGUGCGACUAGCGGCUUUCCUACUCGGCAGGGAUACCCGUCUCCGACUAAUCUUUCCGGAACUGGUACCGGGAAACGUUUCCAAGAAGGAACUGAUGUAUCCGUUGACGAAUGUUGCCUUCGCAAAAGGGGUCUUUGGAGGGAACCUCGGGGAAGAGGGUAAGAAAGUUUUGAACAUGAUCUACAAUGAGUUCAAAAGUGGUCUCAGCAAAACUAUCGAAAAACCGGGCAAGGCUGCUGUUAUCUACAAGGAGAAUUCCGUUGCCAAUCAGCAACUUAUAAGAACCUGUAUGCCGAGUAACGAAUGCGUUGAUUUUGCGAAGAAAAAACUUAAGAUUGACUCCUUAGAGUUGUACCAGCUGAGACUAAUGAUGGAGAUCUAUCGCAAGGCGUUUGAAGCUACCAAGGAGGAUGCCGGGCAAGUCAAGAUCGUCCACGUCAAUGUCUUCAAUGUUUUGCUGCAAUUUUACAACAUUCUCUUGAAGGUCGAGGAUUUGCUGAAAGAAGUCGAUAAACUUAAUGGUUUAGUCUUGGAAACGUUUUCAUGGAUUCAAUUGAGUAAAAGUUGCACGCAUUUAAAUGACCUAGAGUACGGAGAAAUCACGGCCACUUCUAAUUGGACAAAUUUCUGCAAAUUUGCCCUGAAAGUGGGCAUAGAUAUACAAAAAUCACCGGAUCAACCUAAUCGCCUUGACGAACGACUGCAUGUUCUGCUUAAAAUCACUGCUCUGUUGGUUGAUCUUUUCUAUAAAGAUAACAGUAAACCGGCGGAUGUGGUCACAUUCUAUGAACUGGCAUUAUCCCAUUCUCGAUUCCUGGAAGUCCUGCUGACACCUUUCCAGUUCAAAAUCAAGACCUUCUUGGUCCAUCUCUUACUGGUUCUUGCGAAGAAGAAUCCUUCAGUUAUGGAUAAAAAACAUAUUCCUCUACUUCUUGGUUCGUACGGUGCGACCCUAACCGAAGGUAAUCGCUACCUUCUUGCGCUUAUCCAAUGGUACGAAAGAUCCGGUGUCCACAUGCACGAGUACCGUCCGUACCUAUGGGGCGAAGCAGCGAUCAAGCAUUUUUCAAUCGGACAAGAUGCGACCGACCAGCCGACACUGUUCCGGAUCAACAACUUUGAAGCAUUUCGACUGUUUAACAAAGAAAAGCUGUACAACACCCUCAACAGCUUUCCCGUAUGGCGAAAGGUCGAUGCCGUUGCCCAACUCCCGGAAACAAACUUUGACGACCUGACUAGACCGAAUGGUGGCAGCAAAACCGUCGGUCAAUACCAACCUACCAACGAAAUAGAACGUUUCGUCGAAGGCAGAAGAAAAGCGUCGCCAGCGGUGUUGCACCACUGUGCUGGCAAGCGGGAAGUACUGGCCGCCAUCUACGAUCCGGCCUUCCUGCUGCCCAUGCUGGGAUACCUGUUUGCACCGGAGAGUACCGAUCUGCUGGACGUAGCCGGCAAGAAUGGCGCUCUGGCUCUGCCGUUUGCGUGCCUCGCCAGUGAGGACGAAGGAAUGCGCCUGGCCGCGGCCAGUGUUAUUCUAAGGAUCAAGGGGCAUCUGGAACUGUCGAGGAAAUUCAUCGAUUCCAAGUUUUGGUUGCAUCUCUUCAACGCUACACAAAACGGCCUGGCCACUCUCAACAGCCGUAAGCCAACCAACGCAGCAAACAAAUCACCCAGCACUGCCAGUAAAGCUCUGUCCAGACCGGCCUUCCUGCCGGCUCUUUUCAUCGGAAAAACGAUCAACAUUCUCCCGGAUGCCCUGAACGAACUACACGCUACCCUGACGCAGUACUUCUUACUGAAAGACACCUUCGAUUUCAAAGCCGUUCCGCACUUCCUCGUCAUGUUCCACAGCUCCGACGUCAAACACAACGAUCAUCGGAUCUUCAUUCUGGAGACCAUCUACAACGGGCUCAAAACCCACGACGAUUUCAUGGUUCUUCGCCUUUCGCCCGUCAUUCGUGCCAUCAUGGACUUUUACGAUUCGUCGCUCUCCAAUCGAGAACUGAACAUUCUCAUUCUGAACACCUUGAACAGCAUCGCUAAGAUCCCCAAAUCAUGCGAAGCAAUGGUCAAUUCCUUGGGAUUCCUGACGUGGCUUAGCGAACAGAUCGAGGCAAUCGAGAGCUUCCACUUCGACACCAUUGAGGCAUUCCUUGGAAUCUUGUGCAACCUCUGGUAUUCCGCUAAGAUCCAGCAGAAAAACUACAACAUGAAGCAACUGAAUCGAUCCGUGCUGAUCAUGGUUCUGAAGUUCCUUCCGUUACUUUCGACCAGAAGUUCCAGUAAAACGCUGACGAGAUUUUUGAACUUGUUGGAGAAAACCACUACUCUGAAGGAAAACGAACAGAACCUGGAACUGGUGAGCGACGAAGUGCUGGAGUUCAUGUUGGCAUACUUUGAAAAACUAUUCGAGCAGCACUUCUGGCACGUUCGGUACGUCAGAAUGAACGGAACAGUGAACGACGAAGAUUCCGAAUCGUUGGCGGAAAAACUGUUGGUACAGGGUGUGGACCAAAGUACGAUCUAUAUCGUGCUCACGUUGAGGCGAUUCGUAAUCCGAAAGCAACGGGUGAUUAGAAAGUAAGAGUAUAAGGUAGGUUGCUGAUUUUGUCUUUAAAUGUUUAUUCUUUGUAAAAAGAUUCGUAUGUAAA